CGGCGUGUGAUCAUAGCGACGUCCGACAUGGAAACGUCGGGGAUGUCAAAAUCGUUUUGUGCUUCCAUUGGGCUCGUUUAAAGCGCGCGUCCUUGGCCUUCCGCCCAGCUGCGGGCCGCGGAAACUCAACGGGGGCGGCAGGCAGAUCUCGCACGCGAAACGCAGUCCGGCGCGUUCGUUAGGGACCCCCGACGAAGCGUCACCGUACCAUAGAGAGAGGAGCCAGAGGCGGUCUAGAACGCCUCUCGGGCUUUCCCUUUCAGUUCCGGUGUGAGCGAGCUGGGGAGGGGGAGAGUGAUAGUUUGGUAGAGUUCGUUCGGUCGGGUGGAGGGGGGAUUGUCUGUCAGCCUGGCUCCGGCCGUUGUGACUCUUGAGGGCGAGCGAGCGAGGAGGAGGAGGAAGAGGAAGAGGAGGAGGAGGAGGAGGGCGCGAGCGCGAGCUCUUGCGGGAGCAGGGAGGAGGCCUCGCAGUACCGGCCGAUUCCGGAGUUGGCCGAGCGGGCUGCGGGGGGCGAAGAGAAGCGGGCGGGUACGCCGCCUUCUCCUCCCGGGUAUCUUUGGGGAGGGAACUUCCCGGCAGCGGGCAAGCAGGGAAGGGACUGGAAGUCCUGGUAGGGCCGAGGGAAGCACUCGGCCUGUCGGCGCGUCUAGUCGGCCGCGGCGUACAGGUCUCAUGGCAGCCGCAGUACCUGCGGGGGGCUCCGGGGCCCCGCUGAACCCUGUGGCGACCCUCCACGAGGAAGCCGUCUGUGCCAUCUGCCUGGAUUACUUCUUAGACCCGGUGUCCAUUGGAUGCGGCCACAACUUUUGCCGCGUGUGCAUCACUCAGCUUUGGGGUUCGCGUGACGAAGAAGGCGACGACCCAGGAGCCUCUGGCUCAGAAGGGGCUGAGGAUGAGGAUGAUGGGGGGAUCGAUGACCUGGGGCCUGAGGAAGACGGGGAUUACGACGACAACGAUCUGGAGGACAAUGAUUAUCUAGAUGACGGAGAUAUGGGCGAUGAGGAAGAAGAGGAUGAUGUAUCCAGGGACGAGUACGAUGAUGAAGAUGAAGAUGCCUGGGACGAUGAUGACAGAGAGUACUGGGACCAGGACAUAUGGAAUGCUACUAUGGGGAGUGAUUUGUUUUUUGAUAAUUAUGAUGAGGACGAGGAAGUAAUGGAUGAAGAGCCAGAAGAGAUGGCGGAAUAUACAGUGCCGACAACUCCGCCUACUCCGCAGCGGCAGUCUUUCACUUGCCCUCAGUGCCGCAAAACUUUUCCUCAUCGCAAUUUCCGACCCAAUCUUCAGCUGGCCAAUAUGGUGCAGAUCAUCCGACAGAUGCAUCCACAACCACUGAAGCCCGUCAUUUCGUCAGCUCACGUGGUGGAGAUGGCAGCAGCAGGGGAUUCGUCAGGGGUGCCAUCUACUUUAGCUGCAAGUCAUGCUCCAAGAGCCCUGUGUGAGAAACACCAGGAGCCACUUAAGUUCUUUUGUGAGGCAGAUGACGAGCCCAUCUGUGUAGUGUGCAGAGAGUCACAAACCCAUAAAUACCACAGUGUUACGCCACUGGAGGAAGUUGUGCAAGAAUAUAAGGCUAAACUCCAGGGUCACUUGGAUCCACUGAAAAGGAAACUGGAGUCAGUUCUGAAGCAGAAGUCAAAUGAAGAGGAGAAGAUAACAGAUAUCAGGAACAAGAUGAAACUUGACAUGAAAGAGUUUGAGUCGGACUUUGAGCGGCUGCAUCAAUUCCUGGUUGGAGAGCAAGCCAUGCUGCUUCACCAGUUGGAAGAUCGCUAUGACAUACUAGUAGCAAGCCAGAGUCGCAACAUCUCUCACCUGGAGGAGCAAGGUGCUGCACUAAGCCGUCUUAUUGCGGAAGCAGAAGACAAGAGUAAGCAAGAUGGUCUGCAGAUGCUCAAGGAUUUCAAAGGCACUUUAGUCAGGUGUGAGAAUAUCACAUUCCAAGAUCCAGAGAUGGUGCCAGUGGACACAGGAAAGAAAUACCAGAACUACUUCCUUAUAGAUGUUUUAAUGAGGAAGAUGGAGAAGGUCUUUAACAAAGCACCUCAAGUGGAUUUGACUCUGGACCCUGAAACAGCUCAUCCACGGCUCAUACUUUCCUCAGACUCUCGCAGCGUCCGACUUGGGGAACGUUGGCAGGAUCUGCCAGAUAACCCAAAGCGCUUCGAUUCCGACUACUGUGUGUUGGCCGUGCAGGGCUUUAUGCAUGGUCGCCACUACUGGGAAGUGGAGGUGGGUGGCCGGCGAGGGUGGGCUGUAGGGGCAGCCCGCGAAUCGGCCCGCCGAAAAGAGAAAUCCAGCAGUGGUUCCCACCAGAAACGGGAGAUCUGGUGUAUAGGAACCAAUGGUAAGAAGUACCAGGCCUUGACUACCACUGAGCAGACAUGCCUUUCCCCGGCUGAGAAAUUACGGCGCUUUUGUGUCUACCUGGACUAUGAACGAGGCCAGCUAGGAUUCUACAAUGCUGAAAACAUGGCUCAUAUUCACACCUUCAAUGCUUCAUUUCGCGAGCGCAUCUUCCCCUUUUUCCGCAUUCUUUCUAAGGGGACCCGCAUAAAAAUCUGCAAUUGAUGCGAUUGCAGUUGUUGCACAUAGCUGAAUUUAUCCCUUGAGGCCUCUGCUUCAUCCCAGUCCUCCCAUCCCCCCACCUAAUUAUGCCUGAUAAGAGUUUCUCUUCAUCCUUGGACUUUGAUGGAUUCCUUAUCGAGCUCUUAUUUCGGAUUCCUUUUGACAGAGAUUCUUCCCGUUGAUGAGUUCAGUUUUGCACAGUUCUACUCUGGUGCUUGACCAGGUCAUGGAUCUGAUUUUAUUUUGCUUAUGGUCCAGAUCCAUUUUAGCAAAAAAAAGUGCUCUCUCUUUCUCUUUCCUUAUUCCUUUGUGAUAGAAUCACACGUCAGCUGAUUAUACUAUUCUCAUCUUUAGAUGGCCGAGACCCUGACCUUCAGAAGAUAAAUUAGACCUUUAUGAGCAUGCAAUUAUAAGGUUGGUGGGACCUGCCAUAGCUUUUUGACUUGGGUUUAACAAUCCAAAACUACUUCUUGACUUUUCUGAAGAUACUUUCUAGUCAGGCUUUGACAACUUAAACAAAAUAUAGACCUAUGUGUGGUAAUUUUUCUCUGUUUUGAAUUCUUCUGAUCAGACAAGAUGACUGUUCCAAUAUGUUCUUGGGGUUUGAUCAAAGUCCAUGCUUUAAGCUGGGAUGAGGAACAUGUGGUUCUCCAUAUGGUACUGAAUGACAGUUUCUAAGAGCCCCAACAAUCAUAGCCUAUGUUGAAGGAUACAGGUUGUGCUCCAGUAACAUCUGGAAAACGAACAGCCCCAAUGUUAAUCUGUGUUGCUGUCACCAGAGCCUGGAUUCGUGUAGCCAUCACAAUAGCUUUGCAUUUUAAAGCAACAAUAUGGAAAUAUUUUAACAGAUUCCUAACGCUAUUAUUCCUUCUUUAAUUGCUCCAAUGCCUUUAUUCUGAUUUCCUGUUUUUGCAAUUUCUAAUAACCAUUU